AUGUCAGUAGCACCAAAAAAACCGUCCUUGUUCCAGUCGAUGGGGCUUGGAGGCAUGUCCGCCAUGUUCGCCGUGAAUUUUACCCAUCCCAUUGAGACGGUAAAGACGCGAAUGCAAGUGACAGGAAAUGGACUUGGUCAAACCGUGUCAGGUGUCUUUAAAAACGAAGGAGUCAGUGCAUUUUGGAAGGGUAUUGUGUUUGCCUAUGGCCGUGAGUUAUCCUACACAUCCAUCAAAUUGGGUGCCUAUGCUCCCGUCCGUGACAUGUUGGGUGCCGGCGGUUCGGAUGCACCCUUUUAUUUAAAGUUUUUGGCAGGAGCUCUUACGGGAGGUACCGGAUCCUUUGUGGGAAAUCCCUUUGAUGUCAUGAAAACUUUGGCCCAAACCAAUACCGGGUCCAAACCCCUGGCUGCCCUUGUGGGAGAUAUGUUCCGUGAUCAAGGCAUUGCUGGAUUUUAUCGUGGCGUCGAAGCCAAUAUUGCCCGUGCAUGUGUCUUGAAUGCCACCAAAAUGGGUGUGUACGAUGUUACCAAGGGUAUGGUGGUGGAAAAGACGGGCUGGAAGCGAAAGGACAUUCGUACCAGUUUCUCCGCUGCCUUUGUCGCUGGUUUCUUCAUGACCUGCACAGUCAGUCCCUUUGAUAUGAUUCGUACCAAAUUGAUGAAUCAACCAACCGACAAAAAGAUCUACGACGGAUUCGCGGAUUGCUUUGCCAAGACGAUCCGAAACGAUGGUGUUUUGAGUUUGUGGCGUGGAUUUGUCCCCAUCUGGGCACGAUUUGCCCCUCAAGCAACCUUGCAGCUCUUGACAAUUGAUUUCUUGUACACACAAUUUGGGUUCACGAGUAUUUAA